UUUGAUGUCGUGAUACCUGCAUCUAUCUAUCUAUCUUUAUCUUUUACAAUCUAAUCUAUAAAUCAACAUGCGAAUACUAUUACUUCUCCUUUUUAUGCUACUCAGCAUCACUUCCCACUCCCUCCCCCACUACGGCGUCUCUCUCCCCCCACCACCCACCGACCCAGCCAAACCGCCCACAUCCCCCUACUACCCAUGGAAGUCCCGACUCGCCAGCGGCGCUGACCAUGUCGACAAAACCACCCUGUAUAGCAUCGCCCGCGCCGCCCACAACCAAGGCCAAACACACUUCGCCGACUAUCUAAAACACUAUCUCGGCAACACAGGUCGCGAUGCCCACGUCUCCGUCGACGAGAUGCUUUCCGCGAUGCCGCAAUUCCGCACCGAAGUGCACGAACUAGCCAAAUUCAAGGCAAAACUCGCCUACGAGUCGUUGAUGAUGACCCGACCGGACGAGGCACCCGUCGUGCCGUUUACGAGUUUCUGGCACGAGUACAUCGCGACGCCGGAUCAGAGCUGGGACUGGUUCCUAUCCGUGGGGAGGUUCGUGUAUAGUGUGACGGGGGUGGUGAAGAUGGAUAAUGAGACGGGCGGAGUGACGGUACAUUAUGCGGUGCAUGUGUUUACUUAUUGUGACUGGGAUGGAGGGCGAGAUGUGCGCAUUGGACAGUUCCGGUUCGAUGAGGGCAGACUGGCUGGGUUGCAGGUGACAGGGUUGGCGAGGGAGUUCAAGAUUCGCGGGUCGAGUCAGUCCAGGUUGAUCGAGGGAUAUACUCCUGUGCAGGGAUUUUAAAAAUAUGUGUAUACGCUGGUUGUAUAGACGUUUAUAUGUGUAUGA